GAGGUGGGGAGCCCGGGGCUGCGCUGGGCGGGCGAGGGGGUGCGUGAGGGGGCGCGGCUCACCCGGCUCUGUGGUGUCGCGUUUCCCCGGCGCGGAGCGGCCCGGCCGGCCCCUUCCUCCCUCCCGCCCUUUGACACCUUCGCGGCGUCGAAACGUUAAUGAGCAAGAACUGAGUUGGAUUUUUCCAUCUAAAGCUUCAUAAUUUCCUAAAAGGCAGUUCAGUGUUGCUUUUCCUUAAGCAUUUUUUGUCAUAAAUAUUGAAAAAUUAACAGUAACAAAGUGAUACUUAUUUGUCUACCUAAAAUAAAAAAUUACUCUUUAGGGAUUUUCUGUGCAAAUUUGUGCUUGUUUCUCCCCCACCCAACCUGAACUUUAUGGAGAUUUUGAGUCCUUCCCCUUUUGCCCUAAACAUCGUGCACAAAUCGUGUGCUGCAAUUUGUGCUGAUACUGUUUGUGUUGAUUUCUCUAAGCAUACAGAAUACAGUGUUGAGAGCUUCUUGCUUAGACUUUGUUGGAGAUACAACUUUCCUAGUGACUUUUUCUCUUGAGGGUAGAGUGUCUUCAUGAUGUGUUCUUUCUCUCUCUUGUCACUUUACACAAACUACACUCAAUACAAUUCCAUUAUAGGAGUUCUUCACAAAUCACUUGCUUGGUUUGCUAUCCCUUCAGAAGAAUUGGAUGCAGCUCUUCUAGCUUUGCUGUUGCACAAGUCUUUAAGUGGAUUAUCAAGUUGGCUUGAAAAAAAAACCAACCAAAAACCAACCCAGCAGAAGAUGUUGCACCUUGCUCAGUAUCGGCCUUUAAGACUAAUAACCCAAAACAGUCUUUUCAGCGUGAGUUUAAAAGUGGUGCUUUCAAGACCUGUUGCAUUUGCACAGAUAUGGAAGUCAUGGUUCUCAAGCCAUUCUCUUGUUGGAAACAAAAAUAUUAUCCUGAUGGGACCUCCGGGUGCUGGGAAAACAACGAUUGGGAGAAUAGUAGGCCAGAAACUAGAUUGCCCUGUCAUAGACAUCGAUGAUGAUGUCCUUGAAUCAACCUGGAAUAUGAGUGUGUCGGAAAAACUUCAGGAUGUUGGUAACGAGCAAUUUUUAGAGGAGGAAGGAAAAGCCCUGUUGAAGUUUUCAGCAUCUGGAAGUGUCAUUUCCCUUACUGGGUCCAACCCAAUGCAUGCUGCUAGCAUGCAGCAUAUGAAGAAAACUGGAAUAGUUGUCUAUCUAGAUGUGCCCACAACAGUCAUCAUGAGCAGGCUGAAAUCAAUGAAAGUGGAUCGCAUUGUGGGCCAGUCCCUUGGUAUUUCUCUCAAGGACAUACUUCAGUUUAGGAAGCAGUUCUACAAAAGGUGGUACGACAUUCGUGUUCUUUGUGGAGGGGAUGUUGCAGCAGAGGUUGUAGCAGAAAAGGUACUUGAUGCUGUGAAGAGAUAUCAAAACUCAGAACUAGAAACUUUCAUUUCAACUAGGUCUAGUAGGUCUGGAAGGAGUAUGGAAAAAGACUGUCAUAAAUAUUUCAGUGAUGUUGUUACUGAGGGCUUAGCCCCUGAUGGAGGACUCUUUGUUCCUGAGAGAGGACUUCCAAAAUUCACUGCUGGAGAAUGGCAAAGCCUAAUAGAAGCAACUUAUAUGGAAAGAGCCCAGGUGAUGCUAGAAAGGUGCAUACAUCCUGCUGAUAUUCCUCCUUCUAAGCUGGCAGAAAUUAUUGAAGCUGCUUAUGGAGAAAACUUUACUUGUUCUAAAAUUGCCCCAGUUCGGCAUCUGGCAGGAAAUCAGUUUCUCCUUGAGUUAUUUCAUGGACCAACAGCAUCAUUUAAAGAUUUUGCAUUACAGAUGGUGCCACAUAUAUUUGCAUACUGCAUUCCCAGAAGCUGCAAUUACUUGGUUCUGGUAGCUACUUCUGGUGACACUGGGAGCGCUGUCCUAGAUGGCUUUAGUCGUCUCCAUGACACCGACAAACAGAGAAUUGCUGUGAUUAAUUUUUUUCCUGAGGAUGGAGUAAGCCCAAUCCAAAAAUCACAGAUGAUUGGCUGUCAGAAAGAAAAUGCCUGGUCAGUAGGUGUCAAAUCUGAUUUUGAUUUUUGCCAGACAGCUAUAAAGCAAAUCUUUACUAAUUCUGACUAUACUGGCUUUCUUACAGUAGAAUAUGGGACAGCCUUGGCUGCAGCAAACUCCAUAAACUGGGCACGACUGCUUCCUCAGAUAGUUUAUCAUGCCUCUGCAUACCUUGAUCUUGUUCAUCAAGCUAUUAUUCCUUUUGGAAGCCCUGUAGAUGUUUGCAUUCCUACAGGAAACUUUGGCAACAUAUUAGCCGCUUUGUAUGCUAAAAUGAUGGGAAUUCCUAUUAGAAAAUGUAUUUGUGCUUCCAAUGAAAACAAUGUUUUGACUGACUUCAUAAGAGCAGGUGUUUAUGAUUUGAGGGGAAAAAAAUUAAUUCCCACGUCUUCACCAGCAGUAGAUAUUUUGAAGUCCUCCAAUCUUGAGCGGUACUUGCACCUGAUUGCUAAUGAGGAUGGACAACUGGUGACAAAAUUAUAUAACCAGCUGGAAAAUCAGGGCCACUUCCAGCUACAGAAUGAUCUACUUGAAAAGGUUCAGCAGGACUUGGUGGCUGGCUGGUGCUCUGAGGAGGACUGUCUAGCUGCCAUUCACUCAGUGUACAGUACUACGGGAUAUAUUUUGGAUACACACACAGCUGUUGCUAAAGUAGUUGCAGAUCGAUUACAAGAUAGAACUUGCCCAAUUAUUAUUUCAUCUACAGCUCAUUAUUCUAAGUUUGCACCUGCUAUCUUGAGAGCCUUGAGGAUUGCAGAAAUAAACCAGAAUCCAUUAAGUCAGCUUCACUUGCUGAGUUCUUACAGUCCUCUGCCUCCAGUCCACUGGGGCCUAUUAGAGACCCUGAAAAAGAAGGGGAAUGAGGAUCACCAGGUCUGUGCUGCUGAUAUGAGUAUGCUGAUGUCCUGUAUAGAAACCUUAAUUCAAAAUCAUUUUAUGAAAGUUUUCUGAGCAACCUACCAGAUAUCAACUGUGUCAGUUGUGAUACCUUCUUAACAAGCUGCAUGUUUUAAUAAAGUCAUGAUUCAUCUGGCCUGUGCCCAGUCCACAGCAUAAUGUCUGCAGUUCUUUACUCAGUUGUCAAGUUGUCAACAGUAUUUUUAAGUAAUGCUUGUGAGACUUCUAGUAGUGGUGGAAGGUUGUAAAUAGAGAGUAUAAAAGACUUUUGCAGGUCAUAGUAGAGACACCAGUACUGACGGCUUUCCUUGGCACUGCUGUCUCCUUCACAAGCCUGAAGUAUUCUCCAUGGAAGGAGGAAGAUAAUGAAGUCUGACCUUUCUGAAACUAAUAGCUCUUGUUUUGAUGCGAGGAUGAUGCGAUCAUUCGGUCAGUGGGUGAUUAGCUAAACUUCAACUCACUUCAUUUAGGGCACCGAAAUAUAAGAAGAUACUGCACUAAUGUUCGUCUAUUACUAAUGAGGGUUGAUUUCACUACAAAGAUUGAAGUACACUUGUAUUGUUAAACCUUGAGCCAUUCAAUUUGGUGACAUGUUAUCUUCUUUUAUAAUGUUUCUGUAUUGUGAGACCAGCAUUUACAUUAAAAAAUCUGGUCAUUUUGUUUUUCAUGCUUUUUUUCCUCCCAUAUAUUUUUCUGUGUAAGAUAGAAUCCUUUGUUCAAUAUUUUUAAUAUUUUCUAUAUUUUUUGAGAUGUGACUCUUCCUCCAAUGUGUUGUAGUCUCUUUCCUAGAAUUUCUUCUAUUUGAACUUUCAACUUUUUUAAUCCUUUUUUAAUGCUAUAGAAGAAUUUGCUAGUAGUAGCAGCAGUCUCCUUAAAUAAGAACCAGACUUCACCAUUUACAUUUAUUUCUUGUAUUCGAAGUUUUUAGAAUAUAAGUUUCAUCUCUGAGGUCAUAUGGCUUUCUUGUUCAAAUUACUUCUGUUUUCAUAUUUUUCUUAAUCUCUAUUCCAUUCUUGCUUUGCAUGAAUUAGUAUAAGAAAGAAGCUUUGCAAAGUGCUUGGCAUCUCAUCAAGGAAGUGAAGGAAGAAUUCCAGUGUCUGGCAAGUGUGAUAGCAUCAGAGGUAUUAAUUGUGUAACCUAAAAUAGAUCUAUGUUAGGGAGCUGGUUUUGCUAAUGAGACAUCUUUAUUGGGUUUUUUUGCAUUGGAAAAAAAAAAUAGAGCAAGUUGCCCAAAGAGAUCAUGUGGUUAUAGCACAUAUAUUCUGCUAACUUUAGAUUAUAUUUGGCAAGGAUGUAAAAUAGAACUACAUUUCACACUAAGAGAAAUGGUAAAAUGAUGUGUUGGCAAGUUUUGAAUGGCAUGCAGUCAGAGGUAAGGAGCUAGGAGUCAUCAGAUGUGAGGACAUACAGCUAUGGGAGAUUGUGUUUCCCACCAAGAUUCAAAUAGGGAAAGUAUUGGCAAGAGAGGUGGUAACUGAUAACACUUUUUGCCUCUUUGAGAGGCAACAUCUAGAUGUCAGGACUCAUCUGGGGCUUUGAACUGUUGUCAUACCCACCAGCUUCCUCUGUGUGUCUGCUUGUACUUUUUGCCACGUUAGAGGUAAAGAAGACACUAUCUAGUGAAAUAUUUGAAAGAACUGCCAUUUCUUCCGGUGUAAGGUAAAAGACCCAAGCAUGAUAUGCAUUUGCCACAGUGAACACAUUAUACAAUAAAAUUAAAUGUAACUGAUAACAAAUGUAGCUGACACAAUAGCUUCCUAGAUUCUGCCAUUCUUGGAUGCCUUUUUAGGACCUUUCUAGGUUUUUUUUCUCUGCUCAAUCCUUAUUCACUAUUUCUGCAGUAAUUUUGGAAAAUAAUACUUUGUUUUCACAGAAUCAUAGAACAGCCCAGGUUGGAAGGGACAUCAAAACAUCUGGUCCAACCUUUUGUGGGAAAGGAAGCCUAGAUGAGAUUAUCUAGCACCCUGCCUAGUGACAUCUUAAAAACCUCUGGCAAUGGGGAGGUUGACUUUGUGUUCUCACUGUGAAAAAUUUCUUUCUUAUAUCAAGAUGAAACUUCUGUGCAGCUUUUACCCAUUUCCCCUUGUUGUCUCCAUGUGGCUCCUUGUGAAGAACCUCUGUCCUCUUUCUAGCCACCAUUUAAGUAUUAGAAAACUGUGAUGAGGUUCCUCCUAAGCGUCCUCCAGGUUGAAAAGACCUAACUCUCAAUCUUCUCCUAGGGCAGAAAAUUUUUUGACAUUUUCCAGACACAAAUGAGAAAGACCAUAAAUAUGUAAUUAAAAAAAAUAAUCUGAGUUCUCUAAGAAAAGGUUGCAUAGGCAUACUGCCAAAAAAGAAGCAUUGCUUGUGUAGGUGAUAAGUGCAUAUCUACCUUACAUUUCUGUAUAUUUCAGUCUGAUUCUUACAGUAGUUCUGAGUGGAAAAAAAUUUAAUGCUCUCUUCAGAUAUGCUCAGUACAAAACCAGAAUUCUAAAUCUUAAAAAAAACCCCUCCAAACAAAUCCAACUGCCUGGAUUUAAUUAUUGGAAUGGGAAUUGGUUUCAGCAUAAGGACUCUGUGGAAAUUCUGUGGCACCUGAUUCCACAGGGCUUAGUGUCAUUUGACAUUAAAGAGCAAUUUUUCACAUGCUGUUACAAUGCUUUAUAGAAAUGUCCACGAAGAGCUUGUUUUCAUAGAAAGUACCUAAAUGAGAAAAGAUGAGAUUCUAAGACAGAUUAGGCUAGAUGCCAAUGUCCUACCUUGAGUUAGCCUAUUAUUAGAUAAAACAGAACUAAACUAGCAGAGGAUUUAUUUUGGCAUGACUCAAACAAUCAGUAUUUCAAAGUUCAUGGCAGUAACUCAAGCUUGGUUUAAAGGAGAAUGUAUUAGUAAAAUUUCUAGUUGCUCUUUUCUUAUCAUGUGAGCCAUUAUAACAGUUGAUAUGAAUAAGUAAAAAAAUGAGUACUUAGCUAUGGGCUUUCAGUGGGGAAUUAAGGUGUAUAGAGGUAGUCGUUAAAGAGCACGUAGGUUAUUAGUACAUUUCUCAGAAUGUCUAAAGGCUUUUACAAUACAGUGUUUACUCAUUUUAAAAAAUAAUUAUUUUUUGGACUUUCUUAUAACUUCAGUGAACUAUGCUUGUGCACCACAUCUGCCUGUGGAUUCUAGUAAUGGGCACUAUAAAAUGCUGCAGCAGUGUCGUGAUCCUGAAUGUACACGGUAUUUGUGACCAGGUGCUGAUGCUGUUUUGUGGUAGCUGUAAUGUACAAUCUUCUGGCUUAUAUUGUCCCACUGGGCCUGGAGGAGUGUAAGAGAAAAAUUUGCAGCAUACUUGAUAUAGCUGGCUGGGGGGGCAUAGGGUAGUGGGGCAAGCUUUCCACUUUCCCAGCCCAGCUUUUCUGAAUGUCAGUCAGCAAAAUAUAUAUAUAUAUGCCACUGUUACUGUACUUAUUUUUCCCUUGCUAUCAGUAUUAUGAAAGAUUCAAAGGGCAUUAAAUGUGGAUAUAAGUGCCAGUUUUUUGUCUUUUGCAGACAUUGUGCACACUGAAUGUUGUCAUGCAAUAUUUCCUAUUAACUUCUUAAGGUAAAAAUGGUGUGCUAAUGAUACACAAAAGAAAAUUAACAUUGUGCCAGUUAGUAGGAUUCUUUAAGCCAUUUAGGUUUAGUGUAUACUCAGUUUGCUCCUAUUUGUCUAAAGAUAGAAUGUUGCAAUCUAAAUCAAUGUAAGCCAGGUUUACAGAGUGUGAGCAUGCGUAUGUACACAUUUCCACUAGCUUUGACAACCUGGAGUAAUAGCGUAGCUUUAGUUAAGCUAUUAUUUUUCUGUACGGGUAAAUCUUAACCUUAAGGAUAAAUGUAGCAAAUAUAAGGACAAAUAUAAAUCUAUAUUUACCCUUUUUAUUAUAAGAAUAUUUAUGUGGACUGUGUAUAUGGAACACUUUAUUUUGCUUACACAUUUACCAGCUGCUCAUUACUUGCCGUUAGUCACAGUCCUGCUUCUCAGGGUGACAGAGAGUGAUAUGAGGUAAAGGGUGAAUAGAGUGGAUGGGAAUGACUUCAGAAGAUAAUUCUGUUUUUCUCAGUAUGUUACAAUUUAGAAGGAAUUGCUAUUUAUGUUUUUGAGGUGAUGGAAUAUUUUAGCAAUGGAAUUCUAAAGGGAAGAUUCUUGUUUUUCAAGAGGUCAACUUUGCUCUUCAAGGACAUCAGGAACAGACAUUGUUAGGUAUAUCAUGUUUGGCAUGCCUGAAAUAUGCGUUAGUUAUUUGUGUCCCAUGUAUUUUUUCUAAAUAAAUACUGCAGGAUCCACUCUGUA